CGUGAAGCAGCCCUUCAGCUAGAAGGAUAUACUCACCCAACCACCUAGAGAUUACAAGGAAGAGUACCCUGAGGUGAAACAAAGGAGAGAUGAGGAGGACGGCAACGAAAAGCCUUUGGUUGUUCAUUUUUGGUGCAACUUCUUCCAGGUUUUAGAUAAAGCUAUGCACGUGGAAAUUGGUUGGGUUUUUUAAUCAAAAAUCCUGAAAACCUCACUUCAACAAUAAGACCCACAAGAAAGAAAUCCACAGUUUAACAUAAUUAGAAAAAGUGGAUGUGCUCCAUAUGCAACAAAUGUGACUCAGUUCUGGUGACUGCUCAUGCCCUCACUGUGGAGGUACCUGCCAAGGAAAUACAGGUGGCACGAGGGAGCAACGUUACUCUCCGCUGUAAUUUUAAAACACAGGCUUCUAUUCACGACGGAGACCUUGUUGUCUGGAGGAGAUUAAAUAGUGCGGAUGAUGCUGUCACUAGGUAUUUUGAUGGACUUACACAGUAUGGCAAUGGCUAUGAAAACCGUAUCCAGUUUAGUGGUGAUGUAACCAAAGGGGACAUCAGUAUCACCAUCAAUGCAGUGACCAUGGAAGACAAUGGGACAUAUGCAUGCAGCGUUCGUCUACGGAAUGACCCCCCCAGACAGUCUGCAACCUUGGCUCUUUUCGUCCUCGUUGCACCAUCCAAGCCAGAAUGCCAGAUUUUGGGGACACCAGAAUAUGGACACACAAUCAAUCUGACCUGCAUUUCUCACGAGGGCUCCCCAAAGCCCAAAUAUAGCUGGCAAAGCUUCAAUGUACAAAACGAGCCCCGUGUACUACAAACAACAGAAGGGGAACAAAUAACUCUGAAGAACAUCUCGGCAGACACCUCUGGCUUUUACAUCUGCACUUCGACGAACAUUGUGGGAAAGGAAUCAUGCAACAUGACAGUCAGCGUCGUGCCACCAUCCAUGAACAUAGCUCUUUACGCUGGCAUCAUUGGUGGAGCUGUUGCUGCAAUUAUAGUUAUUGGUAUUAUAGCCUAUUGCUGCUGCUGUCGGGCAGACAAGGAGCCAGACUACGAGAUGACGGAAAAAGAAGAUAGAAGGGAACGCUCCGAUGAGAAGCCUACAAGGAACCAGACAGCAGAGAACGAAUUUGAAGACGAAUGAAGAAAUAAGCAGGAGGCCAAUGCCAUCUUGAGGAUUUGCUGAGGCACAGACACCACUGUAAAAAAAGAAGUCAAUCCCUCUUUCUUAUUGCAAAAAGGUUUUUUUGGAAUAAUAAAAUGAAAGCGAAUGGCUCUGCCUUCAAGAUCUUGGAGAGAAUAUCCUUGCCUCCCUGGAAAGAAGUGCUUAAUGUACGAUUGGUACUAAUACAUAACUUCAUAGCAGAAAGAUGCAUGUGAAACAGAAAAACUGUUUCACCCAAUCAUCCAGAAAUAACCAGUCUUCUAGACUUCCCACUUUCUGAAAAAAGAAGCAAGUCAGGUCUAUUCGGAGAACAGAGUUGCUGCUGUAUCCCCAGAUCCACAGAAGAUUUCAAGCUCACCAACUGCAAGUCAUCAGGGAAGAGUGGUCUUGUUCCCAGUGUUAUGCAAGUGUCACAGCUUACAGCAUUGUCCAGUAUAGAAAACAUUUUAUACAGAGCAAAGCAAGCUGAUUUUUAAGAAUGUUAAAUGUGUUCUUUGUAUAUAUUAUACAUGCAUAUAUAUAAAUAAAAAUACGUAGAAAAAAAUUCA